AUGUGUUUCUCCAAAUUAAACAAGAAGCAAAAGAAUAAUGAAAUCGCCUAUCAAACUCCAGCUGCUCAAUCACAUCUAGAUGUUGAAAAAGCAGGUGCGGGAGUUGGACAAUCAAAAGAACAUGUUGUGGAAAAUGGAGGAAGUGGAGGAGGAAAUAUAGCUGGAGGUGGAACAUUAUCCAAAGAAAAUAUGAAAGAUCAAAAAAAUAAUGAAGCUCCUGAAAAUGAGAAAGAAAAAGAGAAGGAAAAAGAAAAGGAGAAGGAAAAUUCUGUGAAAGAAUCGUCGAAAAAAUCGGAGAAGAAACCAAAAGUUUUGUCUCCUCCAAAAGUUUUGUUAGCAAAAACUUCGAUCAAGCGGCAAAUUGAUUCGAAAGAUCCAGCAUAUGCGACGCUUGAUGGAGAUUAUCCAGUUUUUGAAGAUGCUAAUUUAUCAGUUAUUCAAAAAUCAAGUAUGUUGGAUAAGACGCAAUGCUAUACUGAGAAAUCGCAAAAAUCAGGAAAGUCACAAAAAUAA